CUAGGCGAGCUUUCUCUUGCCUAAUGCGCCCACAUCAAAUCCCGUCAAAAUGAUCUCUAGAAUAGCAAGCAGGAGAUCCUGCUUAUUGCUGAGGACAAACGCCUCAAAAUCAAUUGGACUGGUGCAAAGACGAGGGGCAGCGAGCUCACCAAAGCUUGGAGAUGGUCCCUUAAUGGAAAGACGGGCGGAUCGGGAGCUUCCUGAUCCCCGAACAAUCGGUCACCGUUGGUCGCGCAGCCUCCCCAUCUUUUUCGUCCUCAUGGCCGCCAGCAGCCUCGCCAUCUUCAACUACCAAAAGAUGUCGAGCCCGGUGGUGGCGUCGACCCUGUACGCGCUGCGGAUCCACCCGGACGCGCGCGAGUACCUGGGUGACAACAUCUACUUUAAGCAGCAGAUACCGUGGAUCAGGGGCGAGAUGAACCAGAUGCACGGCAAGAUCGACGUCUGGUUCACCGUCAAGGGCACCAAGAACUCGGGCGUCAUGCGCUUCACCAGCAGGCGGCCGUCGUCCAGGGCCAUGUUUGAGACGACGGAGUGGAGCCUCGAGAGGGACGACGGCUCCAAGAUUGACCUGCUCAUCGACGGUGAUCCCUUCAAGGGUAUUCAAAUCGGGGAGGGCUUGGACAACUACUACGACGAUGAGGAUGAUGCGCCGCAGACGAGGGGGUUCAGGAAGUAGGCUGGUGGAAAAAAAAGUUUUACGAGGAGGACAAUUGGGGGAAAGGGAAGGACCGCAAAUACACAGCGCCAAUUUCCGGCGAUUUGUUAUUCUUUCACAUGUGAUGGGUGGCACAUUUUCGGAUACGUCUGAGAAUUUGCAUUUGUACAACAAAAAAAGAAUAUUGCAUAUAUCUGUACAAUAUUACAAAUACAUGGUCCGCCAUUGCCUAUGCAUGACCAUACAUAUUCGGACCUUUAACAACCCACUCCUCUUCUCAUAGCUGCGCCAACUCUCCCCAAACGGCAGGGUCGGGCUUGAGACGAUUCCUCCUCGGCUGGUCUGGCGACACCAUCCUCCUGACAGAGUGAGUCCGCCUGGCCUCCUUGAGCUCCAAGUGCCUGGCCCUGGCAGCCUCCAAGAAGCCUUCGUGAUUGGGGUGUCGCUUCAUCAGAGUCUCGAGGGACUCCUUGAUCCACUUCUCAGGCGGCGGCGGCUUCAGGACAGCAUCCUGGAUCUUGACCACGCCGCCCUUGGGGCCCGCAACGGCGCCCUUGACGACCACGAUGCCCAGGUCGUUGUCGACCUUGAGCACCGACAGAUUCUGAGCCGUCGCCGACUGACCUCCCAUACGUCCAGGCAUCUUCUUGCCAGGGUGGACCCUGGAACCACUACCCUGCGAGGGACCAACGGAACCGCCCGUGCGGUGGUUGAGCGAGUUACCGUGCGACUUGUUCUGACCGCUGAAGCCGUGCCUCUUCAUGCCACCUUCGAAACCCAUACCGCGGCUGGUGCCUCGCACGUCGACCCACUGCCCAACGUGGAACCAAUCCGGCUGGAGCUGGACGCCGACGGGCAGCAGGCCCUGCUCGCUGCGGACGCGGAACUCGGCGACGUGCUGCUUGGGCUCGACGCCCUUGGCCUCAAAGUAGCCCAGCUGGGGGGCGAGGGCGGUGGAGGGCCGCUUGGGGACGGCGCCGACCUGGACGGCAAAGUAGCCGGCGUUCUCGCGGGUCUUGUUGAGCAGGACCUGGACCGAAUCCAGCUGCAGGACGGUGCAGGGGAUGCGGGUGCCGCGGCGGCUGAAGAAGGCCGUCAUGCCCUUCUUGAUGGCGACGACGCCGGCGCGCACGGGCGUCGUGUUCUCCUUGCGCUUGAGGGCGGCCGCGGGCCCGGCCGUGGGUGCGGGCAGGCCGGCCGUCACUUGGUUGAACCUCGUCGCCUUGGAGCCGCGCUUCGGGAGGGUGUUGCUCCAGCCAUACUUGACACCGCGGGUCGUCGUUCGGGGCAGCAGGAGGUGUGAGGAUGAUGAUGAAGGACCGGCCGAGGGGCUAAUAGUUGGUCUCCUCAAGGCGGCCGUGUCGAGAUGUGGGAGUAGGAGUUGGGAUGUCCGCUGCUGGAGGUGGCAGGCCGACCAGCACCGGGACGGCAGCCUGGGCGCCAUUGUUUGCAGCAGCGGCGGCGGCACUGCUGUAGACUCGAGUCGAGCUUUGACUGUCCUCGUAUGGUUUUAUCGAGUAUUAUUGUCUUUUGGGCAAUUGAGUCGAGGCGCCCAAACGCCGCAGAGUUUUUUGAUCUUUGGCUUUUAGCUCUCUUCGGUCGAGCUUGUCUUUG